AUGAGUGAUCAUGUGGAAGAAAACAGCAAGAAAAGGAAUUCUGCCCAGAACACAUCUGCAGAAGGAAAUGUCUCUCCUGCUAAGGACCGCUCAGUAAAACAAAAGCAAUUGCAACAACUCGAGAAGCAAUUAAAAUCCUUAGCCUUUCAGAAUCCAGGACCUCAGGUAGCUGACUUCAAUCCUGAAACUAGAGAACAGAAAAAGAAAGCACGCAUGUCACAAAUGAAACAAGAGGUUCUUAAAAAGCCCAAAAUUACAAAGAAGUAUGACAAACAUGGAAGGCUGCUUUGUAAUAACAUUGAUUUGUGUGAUUGCCUGGAAAAGAACUGCCUGGGUUGCUUCUAUCCUUGCCCCAAAUGCAAUUCAAACAAAUGUGGACCAGAAUGUCGCUGCAAUAGAAGAUGGGUUUAUGAUACAAUUGAGACCGAAGCUGGGAAUGUGAUCAGUGUGUUGCCAUUUUUUGUUCCUGACUGA